CUGUGGGGGCGUGUAAUGCAAGUUUGUUCCGUGAGUGACGCAAGGUGAGGUGGGCGUGCCCGGGUGGAAGCUGUGUGUCAUGUGACUUGGCUGGAGAGUUGGAGCAGCGCUUGGUGUGAAGUAGUGACCACAGUCGUAGUGCACCAUGGAGUUCUUGUUGGGAAACCCUUUUGCCACACCGGUGGGGCAGCGCGUUGAAAAAGCCACAGAUGGGUUACUGCGUUCCGAAGACUGGGCAUUAAAUAUGGAGAUAUGUGAUAUUAUUAAUGAAACUGAAGAUGGACCUAAAGAUGCCAUCAGGGCACUCAGGAAGAGAAUUGUGGGAAACAAGAACUUUCAUGAGGUGAUACUGGCCUUAACGGCACUCGAGACAUGUGUGAAGAACUGUGGCCACAGGUUUCACGUUUUAGUCGCCAGUCAGGAAUUUGUUGAGGGUGUGCUGGUGAAAACUAUCCUUCCCAAAAACAACCCUCCAACCAUAGUUCAUGAUAAAGUGCUCAACCUUAUCCAGGCCUGGGCAGAUGCCUUUCGGAGUUCUCCAGACUUAACAGGGGUCGUCAGUGUGUAUGAGGACCUCAGACGAAAGGGACUAGAGUUUCCAAUGACUGAUUUAGACACUCUCUCUCCUAUUCACACCCCUCAGCCGAGUAUCGCUAAGCCUGAACCUGCUGUGCGACCAGACUGUCCUCCAUUGGAUCCGGUACAAAGAGGAGGUUCAGUAAGUGACUCUGUGCCCUCUCCUUUCAUCACUCCAGCAGGAGGACCCACAGAUGGUGCUGUCAAUCCCACACCAGAUCAGAUGGGAAAACUUCGCAGUGAACUGGAAGUUGUAAAUGGGAAUGUGAAAGUCAUGUCUGAGAUGUUAACUGAAUUGGUUCCACAGAAAGCAAAUCAGUCAGAUUUAGAAUUGCUGCAGGAAUUAAACCGUACAUGCCGAUCCAUGCAGCAAAGAAUCCUGGAGCUUAUACCUCAAAUGACCAAUGAACAGCUGAUAGAAGAACUUCUUAUUGUAAAUGACAACCUCAACAAUGUUUUUCUGCGCCAUGAGAGGUUUGAGAGGAUGUUUUCUGGACAGGCUGGACGAAUUCCAGAAGCACAGGUGCCAAGUAGCAGAGAUGCCUCCCCUUCUCUAAUUGACCUUGAGACAUCUCCACCUGCUGCCCAAGCUCCUGAUGUCACACUCUCUUCACAGCUAUCUGGCCUCAAUGUUGCCUCUGGGUCUGUGAGUGUAACUCUUCAGUCUCUCGAACAAACAAAAAAGCCUGCGGAUGACUUUGAUAUGUUUGCACUUACCCGAGGGAGCAAUCUGGCUGAUCAACGCAGGAGUGUGAAGUAUGAAGAUCCACAGGCUGCAGAUGGUCUUGCAGGAGCCCUGGAUACUCGGCAGCAAAACACUGGAGCGAUUCCAGCGACUCAAAACAACUUUAUGGAAGAUAUUGAGAAAUGGCUUUCUGCAGAGACUGAAGAAGAGAUUGAGGGGGAGGAUGGCGUCACUAGUGAAGAAUUUGAUAAAUUCCUAGAAGAGCGGGCAAAGGCUGCAGAUCGACUACCAUCUGUGACUUCUUCCACAACGGAUGCCCCACGGGCAGCAACCAGCACAGGACAGAGCAGGAAAGAAAAAGAUGAAGAUGCCAUGUUUGGGUUGUGAAUCCUCCUAAACAGAGAUACAAACCCUAUGAUAUCUCCAAGUUUGAAAAUUCAGUAUCUGAAGCAGAAUGGAAUCUGCCAGGUUCCUCCUCUAAAGGGAAUCCUGUGGUACGAUAUUCCUUUGAACCUUGAAUGCCACUAGAAACGCCAUGCCUUACAACUGUGGAAUCUGCCUUUCUUCUAAUUGAAAUAUUUGUGGUGUUAUGUAACUGAAUUUUCUGGUAUUUCUCACCCUGCCAGUCCUCUGUCAGGAUACCCCUUCAUGCAACAUACGCGUUCAUCCUGCACCAAAUGCUUGAAUUGUUAACAUGGAAUUGCGAUAUUACUACACACUACAAACUGAAUUCUGUAUAUGUGUGCCACCUGAAACAGUUGUGCACUUCUGUUAUCAGUAAAUCCAAUUCAUUUCCAAGAUUAAAGAUUGCACUAGUUGAAGAACUUUCAUUCUGGAUUUUCAACCGCAGUAUAGCAGUGGACUUCUUAAUAUGAAAUUUCCAUGUUAUAACAAACAUCUCUUUUACAAGCUAAAGUGCCUUGAUGGUCUUCUCCAAUUUUUAAUUCUAGGCAGGGAGGUAUGUUCUGCUUUCUAUGUGGUAAAGCAAAGCAAGGUUUUUUUCCAACACUAUAUUUUAGGUACAAGAAUAUUGCUGCUUUUUUAAUCAUAUCUUCUAUAUGCUGGCUUAGUGCUGGAAAUAAAACAUUUAAAGUUAGCCUUCAUUUAUAUGCUUGAACAUCAUUUUUUGGCUCUGUUGCACAAGUUCUAUAGCCAUUUGUCAUGUUGCCACAGAAAAGCAUAAAUGAAAGGUCCUACCUAAUUAAAAACAUGGUGGCUUAGGUCUUUGUCCAGUGGUCUUACAAUGGACUAUUUGCUAAAAAGAGGAAAUUUCAAAGCAAGCAAGAUUGGCUAUUUAUAUACACUAUACAAUUGUCGUCUUUUUAUUUUAUCUUUGCUUCCUUAUUUGCUUUUUGUUAAUUUUCAAAAUGAUUAGCUAUUGUUAAAACCUUUGUUCAGUUGCAUCAAUAUUCUUUCUAUACAUGAAAAAAAUGACAGGUUUGUUACAGCUGAUUCCAGGUUGUUCUCAAGUCAUAAUUGUCAGUAUCUGUCACCUAAAUUUAAUGGGAGUCUUUCUUCGUAAUAAAAAUAUUACAUAAAGCCUUU